AUGCGUUUCUUCCGUCUUCUCCCCCUGGCUUUGGCGCCCCUGGCUCUGGCAGCCCCCGAGCCCCGGCCCAACCCCGUCGCUGCACCAGCACCAGCAACCACCGGUCUGCUAGAGGAACUACCCGACAUUCUCAGCGGAGUGCAGGGUCUUCUGACCGCCGAUAAUCUCAAAAAGCUGGAUACAAUUCUCGAUGGGGCGGCCAAGUUACUCGCCUCCGACAAUAUCAAUGUCCUGCAGGAUAUCUUGACCAAUGCCCACAGCUUGCUCACCAAGAGCUUUGUGGAUAACACCACUACCCUGAUUGGGGAUGCCACGCCGUUGGUGGAGGAUGUCUCCAAGCUGCUGGGUGGUGUGUUAGGGUCUCUGUAG